GCAGCCCCCCCCCCCAAAAAGGAUGCUACAGGUACGCCCGCCCCCAAGGAUGCCAUAGGUACCCUCGGGACGCUCUCGGGAGCUAUGGGUACCCCCAAAGGGUGCUAUGGGUACCCCCAAAGGAUGCUAUGGGUACCCUCGGGUCCCCCGGGUGUCAAAGGUACCCCCCCCUAGGAUGCCACAGCUGGCGGUGGCGCAGGGCUUCGGGGGGCCGCAGGGUCCCGAAAAGGCCGCGUGGCUCAGCUCGGCGCUGCUCGACUUCUUCACGCAGAACGCUGACCUGGAGCAGGAGGAGGUGGAGGAUUUCCUGGCCGAGGUGAUGGACAACGAGUUCGACACGGUGGUGGAGGACGGCAGCCUGCAGCAGGUCAGCCAGGAGCUGGUGACCCUCUUUGCCCGGGCGCGGGGGGGGGAUGUUGGGGGGGUGGGGGCGGCCCUGGGGGCUCUGGCCCGGCGCGGCCCCGCCCUGGCCGCCGCCCUGGCCACCGCCCGCCCGGGGGGGGACCCCCAGAGCCCCCCCGGGACCCCCCCAACAGCCCCCCGGAGCCCUGCGGAGCGAGGGGAGGAGGAGGAAGAGGAGGAGAGCGGCGAGGAGGUGAGGAGGCCAUGGAGUGCGGGACACCCCCGCCCCCCUCGGACGGCUGGACCGUGGUGCAGCGGCGGCGGCGGCGAUGAUGGGGGGAGGGGUGUCCUGUGUGUCCCCCCCCCAGCUUGGGGGACACCCCUCCCCCACCCUGCUCCCCAAACUGGGGGGAAUAAAGGCCCUACCCCUAUGGGGGUGUGGGAAGAGGACUCGUGUGAUUAUUGGAGGGAGAGGCCGCUUAGAGAGCCCCUGGCCCCACUGCGACCCCAGAGAUCGUUCCCAGUAUAACCCCGUCCCUCCCAGUUUAAC